GAGAUCGACGCGCUUUUUUCUCUGAAUUCCGCUCCGGUUGAAUUCCAGCUAGCAAUCACAAUACGAAGACAUUACAUCUCUCUCUCUCUCGCUCUAUAAAAGCCAAUGAAACUAAACCUAAUCCACCGUUCAUCACAGCCCUCUAAACUAUCUCUUUUUUCCAGCAAUGGCAAGCUCGCCCAUUUUCGUGCUCCUACCUCUCCUUCUUGUUCUUCCGUUCUUGGCCUCCCUAAGCUUCGCGGGUGCUGACAUUGCCUCGACCAGCCUCGUCUCGACCGGGACGAUAUGCAUGUCCACUCCUUACCCUUCCAUUUGCAGAUCCAACCUGCCGAGCAACGACACCGGCGACAUCUACUACUUUGGCCGCUCCUCCGUGCGCAAGUCCCUCUCGCAGGCCAGCAAGUUCCUCGCCCUGGUUGACAAGUACCUCGCCCGGCAGGCCUCCCUCACCAUUCCUGCCGUCCGUGCCCUUGAGGACUGCCGCUUCCUCGCCUCGCUCAACCUCGACUUCCUCCUCAGUUCCUUCCAGGCCAUCAACGCGACGAGCUCGGCCCUCUCGGUUCUCAAGGCUGAUGACGUUCAGACCGUACUUAGUGCUGUUUUGACCAAUCAGAUAACAUGCCUCGAUGGCCUCCAGUCAACUGCCUCUGCGUGGAGCGUGAAGAGCGGCCUCUCUGUGCCGCUUGCCAAUGACACGAAGUUGUCCAGCGUCUCGCUUGCGCUCUUCACGAGGGGCUGGGUCCCGAAGAAGAAGAAAGGCAACGGCGGCACUGGCGUGCGGCAGCCGAAGAGCCGGCAGCUACCGUUCCAGAAUGGCCGCAUGUCGUUCACGAUGUCGAGUCGUACACGAGGAAUUUACGAGUCGGUCACGAGGAGGACGCUCCUUCAAUCGAGCGGGGAUGAUUCUGUCUUGGUCAGCGAUAUGGUGGUGGUGAGCCAGGAUGGGACUGGGAACUUCACAACCAUCAACGACGCGGUCGCGGUGGCUCCGAACAACACCGAUGGCAAGAGUGGGUAUUUCUUGAUAUAUGUAACCGCCGAUGUUUACGAGGAGUAUGUGUCCAUUGCCAAGAAUAAGAAGUAUCUCAUGAUGAUUGGAGACGGCAUCAACCAAACGGUGAUUACCGGCAACCGGAACGUGGUCGAUGGGUGGACCAUGUUCAAUUCCUCAACAUUCGCCGUGGUGGCACCAAAUUUUGUGGCGGUAAACAUGACCUUUCGGAACACGGCCGGGCCAGCAAAGCAUCAAGCUGUGGCCGUCCGCAGUGGAGCUGACCUAUCGAUGUUUUAUAGUUGCAGUUUCGAGGCGUACCAAGACACUCUCUACACACACUCUUUGAGGCAGUUCUAUCGGGAGUGCGAUAUUUAUGGCACGGUCGACUUCAUCUUUGGCAACGCAGCCGUCGUCUUCCAGAAUUGCAACCUCUACCCCCGCCUCCCAAUGAGCGGCCAAUCCAACAUGAUCACCGCCCAGGGCCGGACAGACGUGAACCAGAACACGGGCACGUCCAUUCACAACUGCAUUAUCAAGGCGGCUAACGACCUGGCCUCAAGCAAUACCUCUGUGCAGACGUAUCUGGGGAGGCCGUGGAAGCAAUACUCGAGGACAGUGUACAUGCAAAGCUUCAUGGAUAGUCUAAUAAAUCCCGCCGGGUGGCAAAUUUGGGAUGGGGACUUUGCAUUGAGCACUCUGUACUAUGCGGAGUAUAACAAUACCGGACCUGGAUCGAACACCACGAAUCGGGUCACGUGGCCCGGGUACCACAUGAUCAAUGCCACGGAUGCGGUGAACUUCACGGUGUCAAGCUUCUUGCUCGGGGACGACUGGUUGCCUCAAACGGGCGUGCCUUAUAUGAGCGGGUUGAUAUAACCAUCCCCCUACAAAUUGGAGGUUGAAUGAAUCUAUUUUGAGAGGAAAAGACAGCGAGAAAGAACUCUCCUAAGUGGAGAUGACAAAUUAGCUACAUUUGUUCUUUCAUUCUUGUUAUUUAUUUCCAAUGUUCAAUAAAUGAUAUGAUCUUCUCGAAUAUAGAAGAUUGAUUGUUA